AUGACGACCAGAUACCGCGUCGAAUAUGCUCUCAAGACUCACAGGCGAGAUCAGUUGAUUGAAUGGAUCAAGGGUCUUCUCGCGGUGCCGUUUGUUCUGCACUCGCAGCCAACUGCCGUGUUUGAGGAGAAUGCUCAGACAGUCCAUCAGCAAGCCAGCGUUGCCCAGCGUCGAUACGCUGAGAUUAUGCGUGAUGUAGAGGACAUCAUCAAUGAUCACAUUGAACAUCAGAAGAUGGGAAAGCCAGAUCGUUCAAAGCUCAAGCUGCUGGUACCCACCGUGGCCAAUUUCUUCACACCCUUGGCACUCCACGAUGCCUUUAUAUGGCAAGAUCAACGCCGGUCAAUCAGCUACAGGCGUUUUGUGCCACCAUCCUUCAACGACGUGCGCCUGGUCCUAAACACAGCUCAAGUGAUGAGCCUUGUCCGCAGUGGGCCUAUUGAGCUUGUGACAUUCGAUGGAGAUGUCACACUCUACGACGACGGGAUGAACUUGCUGCCCGAGAAUCCCAUCAUUCCCAAGAUCUUGCAUCUUAUGCGCAGAGGGUCUAAGAUUGGGAUUGUCACGGCAGCAGGCUACACAGAAGCCAGUCGGUACUACGGACGGCUUUUCGGCUUGUUGCAUGCAAUUCAGGAGUCGGAUCUACCGCUGGAGUCGAAGCAGGGGUUCAUGAUCAUGGGCGGCGAGAGCAGCUUCUGCUUCAAGUUUGAUGAGAACAGCCCAGACCUGCUGAGGUUCGUGUCACGCGAAGAUUGGGUCCUGAAAGAGAUGCUGCUGUGGUCGGAUGCGGACGUUGCAGAGUUGCUUGACAUUGCCGAGUCUUCGUUGAGAGACACAGUGAAGAACAUGCGGAUGAACGCCGAGAUUGUCAGGAAAGAAAGAGCAGUAGGCAUCAUCCCGAAGAACGGCGAUCGAUUCUGCCGGGAGACGCUGGAAGAAACGGUGUUGAUUGUGCAGAAAGUGCUCGACAUAUCUGAGGUGGGACAACGACUGCCAUUCUGCGCUUUUAACGGUGGCAACGACGUGUUUGUGGAUAUUGGAGACAAGAGCUGGGGUGUGUUGGCGUGCCAGCGAAUCUUUGGGGCGAUUGAAGGAGGCAAGACGCUGCACGUUGGGGACCAGUUUCUGAGCGCCGGGGCGAACGACUUCAAGGCGCGACUGGCCUGCACGACGGCGUGGAUUGCAAACCCCACCGAGACUUGCCAGCUGCUGGACGAGAUUGCAGAGCUGGACGAGACGCACCAGCGCAAGACGAGAUAA